UCCCCGCCGCCGCCUGAGGAAUGUCAACUAUUCAACAUGGAGACGGCGGUUACCAGGCUCGAGACCCUGUUCCAGAAAGCAGAAUCUGAUCUGGAUUAUAUUCAGCGAAAAGUGGAGUUUGACAUAAUGAAAAGUCUUCCUGAUGAUACAGCAGCAGAGGAGAAUCCAGCUGCUCUCCUGAAAGAGCUGCCAGUGCUGAAAUCCCGUUACAAAUCCCUGUGUGCACAGAUGGAAGAAAUUUCCAUGGAGCAGAAGGAAUCCAUGGAGAGCAUCCGUGCUGCCCUGGAGAGAACAAUGAAGAUAGUUCAGGCACUACAGCAACAAACCGAGCUGGAGCGCUUACCUCUGUCAGAAGAAGAACUGGCUGCAGCCCAGCGGUUGAACUUGCAAAUUGGGAAAGAAAUGGAAUUUUCAGUGGAAAAGCCAUCCUGCCCAGGAUCUACAGUCUCUGUCUCAGCUGAAGAACCCCAUUUCACACCAUUGACUGAAAAAGCAUUUAUGAGUGUGCCCAGGAGCAUCAGAAGCACUGUGAAAUUAGCAGACUUGAACUAUUUGUACAAGGAGUUAUUUAACCACUUCAUUGUACAGAACAACAGAGCAGCACUGAGUGUUUCACAGAUGAACAAGAUGAAUAUGAAAGCCACUGACUCAAGAAUUCAGAUCCUGAAAGAACUCGGGAUUGUGGAAAUCAACAAACAAGGAAAUGUUAAAUUAGCUGUGUAAUGAAAGCUCAUCUGACACAGCAGCAUCUUGGUCACAGCUCCUCGGUUAUUAAGGAACAGGAGUUCCAAGUCCUGUCCAAGUCAAAGGGAAGUUGUUAAUAUUUCUGCAUAAACAUUCUGUUGAUAAUACAUGAAAUUGGAGAGUUCAAAAACACUGAGGUUGGCACUUUACCUUGGCUGUUCUAAGGAUUAUGGGGGUUUUUUAAGGAAUGUUUUGGGCCAUGUGACGCUUCCAUUUCCUUGCUGCAUUCCUGAGGGGGUUUUAAAGGCAAAUAAUCCAAGCCUCUUAAUUGUACUUGCAUUCCUGAAUAAAGAUUUAUUCUACUUUUGUUACUGUG